CAUCUGCACAUCUCUCGAGUCCUUCACAGCUCCAGAGUUCGUUUCUGUUUUAUUUCACCACUCCGUUAUCUCCAUCUCUCCAUCACCAUGAGCGUCCGCUCUUCUUACUCGCACUUCACCCGCUCCGCGCCCGUGUCGUACCGCGCCACCAGCAUCUAUGGAGGAGCAGGAGGCAGUGGCAGCCGGAUCUCCUCGGCCUCGGCCUACGGCAGCCUGCGUUCUGCACCGCCCGGCUCGUCCAUCUCCUCCUCCACCGCCUUUAAGGUGAGUUCGGGCCUCGGUGCAGGAGCUGGAACCGGAGCGGGCUUCGGCUCUGGAUCCGUCAUGGGAGAUGAGAAGGGUCAGAUGCAGAACCUGAACGAUCGUCUGGCGUCGUACCUGGAGACGGUGCGCAGGCUGGAGAAAGAAAACAGCAAGCUGGAGCAGAAGAUCAGACAGGCCAUGGAGAAAGCUGGACCUGAUGCACGCGACUACAGCAAGUACAACGCCAUCCUGGACGAUCUGAGAAGAAAGAUAUUCGAUGCCACGAUGGAGAACGGCCGUUAUGUUCUGCAGAUCGACAACGCUCGUCUGGCUGCAGACGAUUUCAGAGUCAAGUACGAGAACGAGCUGUCCAUCAGGCAGUCCGUGGAGGCGGAUAUCGCAGGCUUGAGGAAAGUCAUCGACGACACUAAUGUCAAUCGCAUGAACCUCGAGAGCGAGCUGGAGGCCUUGAAAGAGGAGCUUCUGUUCCUCAAGAAGAACCAUGAUGAUGAAGUCGCAGAUCUGCGUAAUCAGAUUACGCAGUCUGGCGUUCAGGUGGACGUAGAUGCUCCGAAGGGACAAGACCUGUCUCAGGUCAUGGAGGAAAUGAGAGCUAAUUAUGAGAAACUGGCGAUGAAGAACGCUGAGGAACUCAAAAUGUGGCAUGAAAACCAGAUAGCGGAUGUCCAGGCUCAAGUGUCGCAGAACACAGAAGCGUUGCAGGGAGCUCAGAUGGAGACGAACGACCUGAGAAGACAAAUUCAGACGCUAGAGAUCGAGCUAGCAUCGCAGCAAAGCCUGAAAGCAUCACUGGAGGACACGUUGAGGAACACUGAGCUCCGCUUCAACGUUGAGAUGGAGAAAUGUAACAGCAUCAUCAUGCAGCUGGAGGCAGAACUGGGGCAGCUCAGGGCAAAGAUCACAGAGCAGGGGCAGGAGUACCAGACUCUACUCAACAUGAAGAUGAAACUCGAGGCAGAAAUCGCCACCUACAAAACCCUGCUGGAUGGAGAAGAUUUAAAACUGCAGGAUGCUCUGGAUUAACACAGAGAGGAGAAAAGCUGAAAGAGUAAAAACCUCAGUCUCUCACUUCCUAAAUCUGACUCUGAGGAUUUAAUCUUCCACAUUUUCAAUAAAAUGACCACCAUUUUCCAGCA